UCCCUUCCUGGCAUCACUCACCUGCAGCCUCCGCACCCUCACAAACUUCCCAGGACCUUCCAGGCUCUCCAGGACCUUCCAGGCUCUCCAGGCUCUCCAGGACCUUCCAGGCUCUCCAGGACCUUCCAGGCUCCAGACCCAAAAGACCCAAAAGCAUGUCGGGCAUCGCGGCCACUCUGCAGCGCCGCCGGGAGAAGGACCAGGGCAUCGGCACCAACAGCCAGGCGGUGAAGUACCUGAACCAGGACUAUGAGACUCUGCGGCAGCGCUGCUUCGAGACGGGCCGCCUGUUCCAGGACGACACGUUCCCGGCGCUGCCCGCCUCCCUGGGCUUCAAAGAACUGGGUCCAAACUCUUACAAGACCCGGGGGGUGUCCUGGAAGAGACCCACGGAACUGGUCUCUAAUCCUGAAUUCAUCAUGGGUGGAGCCACCAGGACCGACAUCUGCCAGGGAGCUCUGGGUGACUGCUGGCUGUUGGCGGCCAUCGCCUCUCUGACCCUAAAUGAAUAUGUGAUGGCCAGAGUGGUUCCCACAGACCAGGGCUUUGGUGACGACUACGCUGGCAUCUUUCACUUCCAGUUCUGGCAGUUCGGGGAGUGGGUGGACGUGGUGAUCGAUGACCGUCUGCCAGUUAAAGACGGAGAGCUGAUGUUUGUCCACUCAGCGGAGGGGAGGGAGUUCUGGAGCGCCCUGCUGGAGAAAGCCUACGCCAAGUUACCCGUCGCUCCACGCUCCGGUCCAUUCCACCUGACCCCAGGGGUUCCUCAUCCUCACCAGCUUCUCCUGCCGACCCCGGUGUGGACUAUGUGGACAGGUGUGGACUAUGUGGACUAUGUGGACUAUGUGGACAGGUGUGGACAGGUGUGGACAGGUGUGGACAGGUGUGGACAGGUGUGGACAGGCUUUCUCCAGCAGGGCGCUCCAGAACUCCCUCCCCUCCGCCGAGUGGACGAACAGCAGCUCUUCAUCUUUAACCGGCAGACAGUCGUCAAUCACCACUGGACCGGAGCCUGGAGUGAUGAUUCCACACAAUGGCGUUACAUCAGCGACGAGGACCGCGAGCGUCUGAGUCACCGCUCAGAGGACGGAGAGUUCUGGAUGUCUUUCUCUGACUUCCUGCGACAUUACUCCCGGCUAGAGAUCUGUAACCUGACACCCGACGCCCUGAGUGAUGACUCUGUCUCCAAGUGGGCUCUGUCCAAGUUCGAUGGCAGCUGGCGGAGAGGGUCCACCGCCGGAGGCUGCAGGAACUUCCCCAACUCGUUCUGGACCAACCCUCAGUUUGUGAUCAAGCUGGAGGAGGAGGACGACGACCCAGAUGAUGGAGAGGCCGGCUGCAGCUUUGUGGUCGGUCUGAUCCAGAAGAACCGCAGGAAGCUCCGAAAACAAGGAGAGGACAUGCACACAGUUGGAUUUGCCAUUUACGAGGUUCCUAAACAGUUCCAAGGGCAGACGCAGGUGCACCUGGAUAAGAACUUUUUCCUGACCCACGCUCAGACAGCGAAGUCCGAAACCUUCAUCAACCUGCGCGAGGUCUGCUCUCGCUUCAAACUGCCGCCUGGAGAGUACCUGAUCGUCCCAUCGACCUUCGAACCGCACCUCAACGGAGACUUCUGCAUCCGAGUGUUCUCCGAGAAGCAGACAGAGACCAAACCCUGUGACGACCCGGUCAAUGCUGAACUAGAGGAUGAGUUGGUGUCCGAUGAGGACGUGGACGCAGGAUUCAGAGGCCUUUUCUCCAAACUGGCCGGAGAUGAUAUGGAAAUCUCCGCAGUGGAGCUCAGGACCAUCAUGAACAAGAUCGUCGCCAAACGAACUGACAUCCGAACUGACGGCUUCAGCCUGGAGACCUGCAGGGUCAUGGUCAACCUGAUGGAUGACAGCGGCAACGGAAAACUUGGCCUCGGAGAGUUUGCCACUCUCUGGAAGAAGGUGCAGAGAUAUCUGUCCAUCUAUAAGAAAAACGACUUGGAUAACUCAGGGACGAUGAGCACUCCGGAGAUGAGAGUCGCCUUUAAAGACGCAGGUCAGUUUCUUUUUCUACUGUUUCUGCAGGAAGUACUCACUGUCUGUGAAUACGAACGUUUGUUGAUAAUUUAUUAUGUUUCAGGUGUUACACUUUACCCACUUUGACCUCCACUGUUUGUUGUUUGCUGUGUCCUCUUUAACAACCAGUGAACUACUGAGUAACUGUUACUGUGAGCACUGCCUCUAACGAAGCCUCAGGCUGACGUGAUCUGAUUGGUGGAUUUAAACGUCAGUGGGUGGAGCCAUUUUACAUACAUUGUGUGUGAUGGACAAUUAAAAGAUUUUAACAUUAGCUAACUUAAGAUGUGUCACUUUUAUCUUUUAACCAUCUUCAAAAUGUGGUUGUCUUUUCUAUGUAGGGAUGAGGGUCGGAUUUUCAGUGAUGUUGGCUAACGUUAGCUUCCCCAGCUAAAGUGAUUCAUGAUACAAACUUAUGUAUUCUGACAGACAGUGCUGAUGUUAGCCAACAAUAAAUGAUGUAGCUGUACA